CAGCGACGCCCUCUCCGCUGACCAAAAACAUUUGAGUCCAGACGUUAAGCGCUCCGGAGAGACCUUUUCUUUUAUUAUAUUCAUCUUUAUUUAUUAAUUAACCCAUAGAGGUUUUUCGAAUAUGGUCUGUGGCGGCUUCACCUGUUCCAAAAAUGCGCUUUGUUCCCUGAAUGUGGUGUACAUGCUGGUGGGGCUGCUGCUGAUCGGGGUAGCAGCAUGGGGGAAGGGGUUCGGCUUGGUGUCGAGCAUCCACAUCAUAGGAGGGGUCAUCGCAGUGGGCGUGUUCCUGCUGCUCAUCGCUAUUGUUGGACUCAUCGGAGCGAUACACCACCACCAAGUCCUGCUUUUCUUUUACAUGGUGAUUCUUUUCAUCGUUUUCCUGUUCCAAUUUGGAGUUUCCUGUUCCUGCUUGGCGAUGAACCGUGGGCAGCAGGAGGCCCUUCUGAGCUCCACCUGGGGACUGUUGGAAAACAAGACUAAGACGGACCUGGAGAGCCAGCUGAACUGCUGCGGUCUGCUCAACCACACCUCCACUCGCACUCAGUUUGAUCUGGAAUGGCAGAGCUGCCCCGCUUUAUGCAGAAACACUCGCUGUUUCACCUGCGGGGAUAAAAUGCUGAAUCAUGCAACCGAGGUUCUGAAGAUCCUCGGGGGUGUCGGGCUCUUCUUCAGCUUCACAGAGAUCCUGGGAGUGUGGCUCGCCGUGCGCUACAGGAACCAGAAGGAUCCACGAGCAAACCCAAGUGCUUUCCUAUAGUCUGUCCCCCUCUACACAGCGCUGCAGAUGCGUUUUCAUACACACUGGUACACAUAGAAUCAUGCACAUCUAGAGGCAGAAUCGCCGGCUUACAAAAUGCAAAACCACCACAACACAGAACGGACAAGCGCACGCAGCACCUGACGUACACUGACAAACAAAAACACGCACACACACCUCCACCUGAGACUGAGAAACUUCAACGACGAGCUAGAACACCUGGAUACUUCUGUAUGAAAGGAUAACUUGUUAUGCCAUGAAGUGUGACUUGUUGGCAUCAUGACCCAGCCUUGAUUUGAGUACCAGAUUUCCAACUAUGUAACAAGGGAAUAGACAUCUCUGCAUGUUUCCUACGCCUGCACAGACAAACAGCCUCUGGGUUGAUUUUUAACCCCACCCACACCAACUUAAUGACAAACAAAAUAACCUGUAUGCACCUUGAAUUCGUCCCUCUUGUCUCUGGUGUAGUGCCACCACAUAGAUAUCUUCCUCUAGUCGGUGCUGUGGGUGAUGUGUAGAGCUGUAAACAUGUCCAGUGUGUGUUCUCAAACAGGGAAAAGAAGGAAAAUACUGGACAUGUGAUGUAAAGUAGAUUUUGAAUUGUAUGUAAAUGUUCUUUUUUGCCACAUAAUGCCAGGAUUUAACAGGAUUAGGAAGACUAGAUGUUAGGUAAUGUAGUUGCUAGUCCUUCGGCUUCAAAGAAUAUUUAUGAACUGUAUCUGAGCCAACAAACUGUCACGAGUCGGAGAUGUUGAGAUGCCAACGGACUGCAGCUUCGAUGUUGUACAUAAACUUUUAGAAAUCAUUCUCGAUGGAUUUGACAUGUAGAUGCCUCUAUAGUUGGGAGGCUUGCCUGCAUAGUUGAGGUCUUAAAAAAACACCAUAAUCCACCUUUCCUGUAUUUACGAUGUUCCUUUGUGUCACUCCGUGAUGUUGCUUAGCAUAGAUUCAGGUACGUACCUUUACCUCCUGUGUAACUGGAAGAAAACAUAACCAAUGUAAAAAAAACAAACAAAAAAAAAUCGUUGCUUUGAAAAACUGGGUUAAUUCGGACAAACCUGCUCAUCGUGAACCCAGGCUUCUCUUUAAUAGUGUUGAUUGUGGACGUGUGCUAUUAUGGUUGCAAUUAUUUUCCUUUUUUUAUAUAUAUAUGAAUAUUUAGAAUGAUUCUGUAAUGGAAUGGUUCCGUUUUCAGCUCUUUUUCGUUCAUCAGUGUUAAAUGCUUUGUAAAAAAAUACAAACGUGUUAAAUAUUUUCAGGAUGUAAUUUAAGUUUAAGGAUGCACAUUAGGCUGAAGUUAUAUUGUAGGUUUGAUGAUAUAAUUUCAAUGCCUUGCUCGAUGUUUUAACAUUUGCUGUUGAUAAAUCACUGCUUAUUAAUUCUCUCUUUUAAGGCGUGUUUUCUCUUUUUGAAUUUUAAUGUAAGGACUAACACAAACUGUAUUUACUUGUCUUACUUGAACCUGUCAUUUUAUCUAUGGAUUUCCUGCUGCUGAUUUGGAGUCGCAUCGCUGGUGUGUGCAAACACUUUGAUGGAUCUUAAGCAUUAAUAUGCCAUAUAUUCAACCUCACUUUGAAUUUGUGUGCCCUUGUUAUUCAAUUGUAUCUUGACUUUUUGAGACUUAAUUUUCCAAAUAAUAAAACCUCAAAUUGGAAA